UGGCUUCAGGGGCCUGGAGGAUGUUUGGUACCUCAGAGACUGAGCGACUUCCCAUGAACACAAAUUAAACUUCAGGAAGAGCAAGGAAGCAUGCUUAAGUUACAUUCAGGAUGCCAUGCUACAAAAGCAGUGGAAAAGGGCUGCGGAGUUUCUGACCUUCUAUACUGAGUCAUUGGAGAAAGACUUUUCUACUGAAUACAUGGGUCCUUCAGAGAUGAUUUGGAGAAUAGGAACAGAAAUUUUGUGCCAUUAUUCACACAGCAGCAUGAAAGAGUUCAACUCUUUCAUAGAACAGAUGAAAACUUUAGGAGUAAAAAGAUACUUGAAGGUCUGUUUAGAGCAUGCCUUUCAUCUCCUUUGUAAUGGACGAACAGAUGAAGCCUACCAAAACCUGUCCCUGGCAGAAAGCUGGAGAUUUGGAGAGCAAACAACUGCUCAGGAUAAAGAACUGAAACUAAUUCAGGCUUACAGGGGACUGUUGGACUACUAUAGCUGGUCUAAGCGGAAGAAUGUCUUGCUAGAGUAUGAUAAGGAUGGAUUUGAAGAUUUGUCUGUUGAACAGGAAAUGCACAGUUCCUUCCGGAAGGCAGUGGUGAACUUAAAGGAGAUCAUUCAAAUACCUGGAGUCUGGGAUCUCUUUGUGAAAUGCUAUGUGGAUUUGUUGGAGUUCUAUGGGGACCAUGAUGAAGCCCGCCAAGUAUUAAGCGAUUAUGCCUACAACUCAAAGUUUCCUGCUAAUCCCAAUGCUCAUGUUUACCUCUAUCAGUUCCUAAAAAGGCAUGGCGAACCAAAGAAGUCACUGAUCUCUGUGCUCAAGAUUUUGCAUGAUAUUGUUCCCUCUCAUGAACUAAUGGUGGAUUUUCAUACCUUGCUUCAAAAAUCGAAGAAAAGAAAAAAACGUCGAUUGGGGCUAGAGGUUAUUUUUGCAGCCUUGGAUUAUGCUGGGUGGAAGGAAAAUGUAAAAGCAUGGAGUUGUUUGGGAAGGCAAUUUAAACAAAUUAUAAUUGAUCCGUUGUCGAGUUUGUCCUCUAUGCUGAUGAAUGGAAGAGUCAGCAGACCUGCUCCGAGUUUUGUGGCAGUACUUGGCUGCGGUGUGCUUUCAUGGGGAGGAAAGAAGAAAUACGCGGUAACUGUUGAAGAAUGAAGCCAGUGUCGUUUCGAAGGCUGAGCCAACAGGCCCAGGGAUUGAUGUGUCCUGGUCAACACUGACAGGCAUGGACUCCACAGGGAGCCAGCUCCGGGCAAUCCAUACUCCGAAGGCCUCUGACUAGACUUUAUUUUACCCAACAUACAACUUUUUUUUUUUUUUUUAAAGUUCUGUAUAUUUACAGUAAAAUUAAUUCAGUAGUUUGACCCAUUUUGCUCUUAUCAUGGCUCCUUCCCUACAAAGCUAAGGCCUAGAGCUUGAUACGUUGAAGCUAGGAGUGUUGAUGCAUAUAGCUAGUAAAAAUGGUGUGAUACUCUAACUUUACUUGCAGUUUUGUGUUUGAAGACACAGCUUCAGAGUAUCUUGAAAUAUACUGAGUAUUUUGCUUGUUUAUGGAAUAUCACUUGUAUAUUGUAGUUAGCUUGAAUUUCUGAAAUGAUUGUUUUAAAGUCUUUAUUGUGUAACAGUUACAGGGGUAGGUUAAGUCUCUGGGAUAAAUUAGUCUUUGAGUAUACAAACUCUUAAAAAUCAAAAUACUAAUUUGUUGACAAAUUUAAAGAAACUUUCUUAUUACUAUUGACAAACUGGCACACAAGUCAAAAGCUUGCUUUGUUUCGUAGCAUAAUCUGUGUCACUGUAGAAUCUAGAGACUGCUAUAAUUCACCUCCUGCCUCAUUAGCAUUGCUGGAGAUUUAAAAAAAAAAAAAAGUGGAUAUUUCUGUCUAGCAGUGUUUCAGUCUGCAGUGCAAGAUCAAUUCAUCUAUGCUAGUAUUUUCUGAAACUUGCAGUGCUCUGAUUAUAAAAAUCCUCCCCCCACACACACUCCCAGUCAUCAUCUCAGCCUAAUUUAAACUCUUCUGUAACUUGUUUUGCCUUUUCCAAGCUCCGAGAAGCAUCUUGACUGGAUCAAGCAGGAGUGGAACUCCAGGAAGGACUGGUGGCCAGCCUUCCAUUUUAGCCGAUACUUGGCAAAAA